GGCCGCGAUUGGGCGAGCGUCGGGCGGGCGCUUCCGGCGUUCAGGUGCUCGGGUUCUGGGGCCGGAGCUGGAAGAUGGAGACCGGUGCGGCGGCCCGCGCGGGCUCUCGCCUGUGGCUGCUGCUUCUUUUGCCGGGCCUGGUUAGCGCCAGCGGGCCCCGCACCUUAGUCCUGCUGGACAACCUUAACCUGCGGGAAACGCAUUCGCUCUUCUUCCGGAGCCUGAAGGAUCGGGGCUUUGAACUUACAUUCAAGACCGCAGAUGACCCCAGCCUGUCCCUCAUUAAGUACGGGGAGUUCCUCUAUGACAACCUCAUCAUCUUCUCCCCCUCGGUAGAAGAUUUUGGAGGCAACAUCAACGUGGAGACCAUCAGCACCUUUAUUGAUGGCGGAGGCAGCGUGCUGGUCGCUGCCAGCUCAGACAUUGGUGACCCUCUCCGAGAGCUGGGCAGUGAGUGUGGGAUCGAGUUUGAUGAGGAGAGGACAGCUGUCAUUGACCAUCACAGCUAUGACGUAUCUGACCCUGGCCAGCAUACUCUCAUUGUGGCCGACACGGAGAACCUGCUGAAGGCCCCCACCAUUGUGGGGAAAUCAUCUCUGAACCCUAUCCUCUUUCGAGGUGUUGGGAUGGUGGCUGACCCCGACAAUCCUUUGGUAUUGGACAUUCUGACUGGCUCUUCUACCUCCUAUUCCUUCUUCCCAGAUAAACCCAUCACACAGUACCCCCAUGCAGUGGGAAAGAACACCCUCCUAAUUGCGGGGCUGCAGGCCAGGAACAAUGCCCGGGUCAUCUUCAGCGGCUCGCUGGAUUUCUUCAGUGACGCCUUCUUCAACUCGGCAGUGCAGAAGGACUCGCCCGGCUCACAGCGGUUUGCCAAGACGGGCAACUAUGAGCUAGCUGUGGCCCUCUCCCGCUGGGUGUUCAAGGAGGAAGGUGUCCUCCGUGUGGGGCCUGUGUCCCAUCAUCGCGUGGGCGAGACAGCCCCACCUCAUGCCUACACUGUCACUGACCUGGUGGAGUACAGCAUUGUGAUUGAGCAGCUCUCCAACGGCAAAUGGGUCCCCUUUGACGGAGACGACAUUCAGCUGGAGUUUGUCCGCAUUGAUCCUUUCGUGAGGACCUUCUUGAAGAAGAAAGGAGGCAAGUACAGUGUCCAGUUCAAGCUGCCCGACGUCUAUGGUGUAUUCCAGUUCAAAGUGGAUUACAAUCGACUAGGCUACACACACUUAUACUCUUCCACACAGGUGUCCGUGAGGCCUCUCCAGCACACCCAGUAUGAGCGCUUCAUUCCCUCGGCCUACCCCUACUACGCCAGUGCCUUCUCCAUGAUGGUGGGGCUCUUCAUCUUCAGCAUCGUCUUCUUACACAUGAAGGAGAAGGAGAAAUCUGACUGAGGGGACGGAGCUCUGGGAUUCUCUUCCUUCCACAUGGACAGUGAACAGAAAAAUUUUUUUUUUAAA